AUGCAAGCAACCUGGCAAUUAAAUGGGGUAUUCCAACUGAUGACAAAGUGGCUCGCCAAAAAAAAAGCAAGAUUGUUUUUUGAUGAAAUAGAUGGCGACAGACGGAUGAAUAUCACACAAGAUAAUUUUAAAAUAAAAGUAUUUUUACCAAUUGUUGACACAAUAAUAUGUCAACUUAAAGAUCGCUUUAAAGGUUUACAUAACGUUUGUACCAUUUUCAAUUUUUUGAAACCUCAAACACUUUUAGGACCAGAUGAAAUUACUAUUAAAGGAUCAUAUGACUUUAUACAAAUGUAUCAAUCAGAUAUUAGUUCUGAUUUAACGAGUCAAUUGCUAUCAAUCAAAGAAAUUAUAAAAAAUAAAAAUUUGAAUAGUAUCCAAGCACUGGCUUCAUUUAUUCUCGAAAACGAUUUUGCUACGAGUUACUCUGAUAUAUUAGGAGCAUGUAUAAUUUAUUUGACAUUGCCAGUAACGGUUGCAACAGCAGAAAGGUCUUUUUCAAAACUUAAGAUAAUAAAAAGUUAUUUAAGGAAUUCCAUUGGACAAGAACGACUGUCUAAUAUUUCAGUUUUAAAUAUUGAACAGCGCCGUACAAAAGAAAUUGAUAUGGACAAAAUAUUAACAAAUUUUUCAAAUAUGAAAGCAAGAAAAAUGAAAUUUGAUUAA